AUGUUCUCAAAAAUCAGGCUUUCAUUUGUAAAUGCUGAUGAGAUAAAUAUUACUAGUAAAUAUGAAAAUAUUACUUUUCCGAAUCCAUUCCAAAGUAAUAUUAAGUAUGAACGGGAAGAUAUUGUUGUAGAUUUGCAAUUUUUAUUUUUUCGAAUUGCCCCAAUUAUAUUCCAAUUUUUCAAUACAAUUAAUAAAGGCGGUGAUAAAAACGAUGAAUCACUUAUAUUAUCAGAUAAUAUUUCCAUUUAUGAUAAUUAUAAAUUAUUAUCAAUUUUAUAUUCAACAUCUUCCUCUGGAAAUCUUUAUUCUAUGAGACUUUUUGAAAAUUAUUUUAAAAAAAAUCCUAGAGGAUCGCAGGAUGAAAUAUUGGAUAAAGAAAAUUCUACAGAGUUGCAAGAAAAAAAUACUGUUACAGUGUCAGACGAAGUAAAUGAUACUACAAAAAAUCAAAGUGAAGAAAAGAAGCUUCGCACCUUUGCAUUGGCUUAUACUAUACGGAUAUUACACCUUGCUACAAUUGCAUAUUUCUUUUCAAAUAGCGAUGCAUAUCAAUGGGUUACAGCAACUAUCCUUUUUUCAGCACAAACAAGUUUACGUUUUGCUAGCUCCGAUUAUGAUUUAAAAGAUAAAGAUUCUAGAAGAUCUUCUUUUUUAUCUGAAAUUGAUGCAUAUUUCCAGAGACCUAACAUCUAUAAAAGGAAUAUUUGCUAUUAG